AUGGAGGUCGAAGUUAAUCCCAACGAGGAUACUGAAUGGAACGACAUUCUCCGCCAACAUGGAAUUAUUCCAGAGAAGCCCCAGGACCCAGAACCGUUGAUUCAAGAAGCUCUGAUUGCGGCCGAGCACAGGGCGCAUGAGAAUCGUUUGGAGGACAAGGACCUCGAUGAGCUUGACGCACUGGAGGAAGAAGAGGACGAGGCUUUCCUCGAGCACUACCGCAAGCUGAUUAGCACUGACAGACAACAACGCCUCGCUGAACUCUCCAUUCUCCAGAAGACCAGCAACUUUAACCAGGUCUACCCCCUCCAAAAAGUUGACUACGGCCGAGAAGUAACCGAUGCCUCUAAAGAAGCAUUUGUCCUUGUCAAUCUCACCUCCCAGGGUGCCAACGUCGAAUCUCGUGUGUUGACUGAGCUUUGGCGACAAAUGGCGGUCAAAUUUGGUGACAUCAAGUUCUGCGAAAUUCGUGCCGACAUGUGCAUCGAGGGUUACCCAGAGCGGAAUACCCCAACCAUUCUCAUUUAUAAGGAUACUGAGAUUCGGAGACAAUUGGUCACUCUGCGGGAACUUAAGGGUGUUCGGACUAAGAUUGAAGACCUAGAGCAGCUGCUCAUUGAGAUUGGAGCGUUGAAAGAGAGUGACGUUCGCCUCAAGAAGCAUGCUGAUGAAGAUGACUACGCGCCUAAGGACGAUGACCUCAAUGAUGAGGAUUAUGAUGAUUGGGACUGA